AUGGGGUCACUGGGCCCACCCGUCAUACUCAAGCCAAGGGGAGGCAAGAGGCCGUGGCGCGGGUUGGGCUCGAGGCCAUCCGCCGAGCGCGGCAGGGGCCUGGUGCGGCGCGCCGGUCCUCGCCGGGGUUCUGGGGCUGCGUCGCACAGCACCACCGGCGAGAGGCGCGGCCGCUUUUCCCCUCCGGCGCCGGCAGCCCACCCUCUUCUCCGCGUCCAGCGCCUCCAUCUUGCCGAGCUCCGGGCCUCGCCGCCUCCUUCGCCCUCCCUCUGCGGUGCCUCGCCGCCACCAUGGACGUGGCCGCAGGCCCCGCGCUCGCCGCCGGCGGCAGGACGUGGAUGUGGACGCCUCCCUGCUCGAGGCCGUGGACGCCCGACGCCGGCCUCGCCGCCGCGCGCGCACGCACGCGCCCGCGCUUGCCGUGGACGCCCUCCCGCGGCGCUCGCCGUGCCCGCGCUCGCCGUGGACACCUCCCCGCUCGAGGCCAUGGACGCCCGACGCCGGCCUCGCCGCCGCGCACGGAUGCGCCCGCGCUCGCCGUGCCCGUGGACGCCUCCCUGCUCGAGGCCAUGGACGCCCGAUGCCGGCCUCGCCGCCGCGCGCGCGGACGCGCUCGCCGUGGACGCCCUCCCGCGGCGCUCGCCGUGCCCGCUCUCGCCGUGCCCGCUCUCGCGCCCCUUCUUCUAUCCGCCGGCGCCGCCCUCCAUCCGCCACCGCCAUCCAUCUGGCGGCUGA